AUGAACUUUCGGUUUGAUGUGACGCAGCGUUGCUACUCGCUGGACUCGUGCUACGCUGGCAAGGCAUCGUACGCUUCUUGGUUGGCGCUCAAGGAAUCGACACGUAUCGCCUUCUACACAGCGAACCAAUGUCAAGGCGAGCACGUUACUGUUAGCACUGCACCGCGGGGCUCGCUCAAGUUUGCUGAAGUUGGCUUCGACAAGAGUGUGUAUUCGUUCAUGCUGCUGGAGACAGGUGCAUACCCGAUCAGCGGAUUUCUUGAUAUUUGUCACGGCAACGAGAAUACGCGACUAAAUACAACCAACUCAACGGAAAGCGGGCUUCUGGCUGAUGGCAGUGACCUGAUGAUCGCCACGUUCGACACUUCGGAAGAUGCUGGGGACAACUAA